GAGUACUUCGCUCCCCAUGCAAGCACGUAACGGAUUUUCUCCCAACGUGUGACAAGAACAAACUGUGUUAUUAGGGAAUAUAACGUAUUAUUUGUAAGCUUGUUGAAGCGUACGACUUCAACUUAAUACCUAAUUUCGCGCGGUGCCUUCUGGAAAUUGUACCACAGCUCACAUCGCUGGUACGUAAGCUUAAGCAGGUAAUAUUAAGUUUAGCAAAUUCCGGACGCGUAUCAUGUGAAACCUUACCGAUUCUACGCAGCCCUUUGUAGCAUGGCGAUUUACAAAUCUACUUGAAAUUUUAAGAAUUCAGAUGCUAUAAUGUAGUUAUUGUUGGAGAUUAUGUGGUGUAUCUUGGUGGAAAAUUAUCGAACCGCCCAGGAAGCGAAAAGAAAGGACUUGUUUGGUUUCAUGCAUUGUGUAUGGGUCCAUUUAACUCGGUGAACUUUAAGACGACGGCCGGAAAACAAAACGCUGCAGAGGAUUUAAAGAGAUUCAACCACCGAGAAGUUGUAACUGCUUCCAUUUAAAAAAAUGUUCUUUCAAGAGGCCAUGCCUACGGCAGAUCAAGUCACUCUCGACGAAAAAGCCUCCUUCUGUGCAGGUUGUGGUACAAGGAUUAUCGAGCGUUUCUAUUUGAUGGCGGUCGAUAGAGAAUGGCAUGUCGAGUGUUUGAAAUGCAGCGAAUGUAGCUUGAGGCUGGACAACGAGCUUACGUGUUUUACCAGGGACGGGGCCAUAUUGUGUCGAGAAGAUUACUACAAGCGCUUCUCAGUGAAUAGAUGUGCUGCUUGUGGCCAAGGUAUCUCCAGCAAAGAGCUGGUGAUGCGCGCCCGCGAACAUGUUUACCAUAUCAGCUGUUUCGCCUGCGAUCGCUGCAAACGAAUCUUAGCCACUGGCGAAUACUUUGGUAUGCGUGGAAUGCAAAUCUUCUGCAAAGCGGACUACGAGAUGAUACUUCGAGAGGAAGCGCAGGCUUUAAAAACGACGUUAGGUUCUUCGACAACUAAAGGAAGACCUAGAAAAAAGAAAAUGUCCGUACCUCUGGAAGGCGUAGCGGCUUUAUCAGGAUUUACAAUUUCGGACAAUGAAAGUCAUCUCGGUCAGCACAAUGGAGACACAAAACCCAAACGCAUGCGCACAUCGUUCAAGCACCAUCAACUUCGAGCAAUGAAAGCGUAUUUUGCAAUGAAUCACAAUCCUGACGCAAAAGACUUGAAACAACUCUCACAAAAAACCGGCCUCUCUAAAAGGGUUUUACAGGUUUGGUUUCAAAACGCUCGAGCGAAGUACCGCCGAACGGUGUGUAAUCCGCAGGCUCAGGAUUUGUCACCAGAAUCUCAGGACCAAGCUUCGCCAGUAAGCGCAAUUUUAGAGGCAGGAAUAGUUUGACUUUAUAAACUUAAACAAAAAUUAUAUUCGAUUUAAGGACUAAGGUGGAGUGUUGUACAUAAAUGCCUUAAGUACGGAAGCUAGUAAA